AUGUUCGAGAAGCCGAAGCCUGCUGUGAUGGGUCUCCACAAACCUCUGGUCAUGGCUAUAGCGACCGGUUUGCAAACGAAAAUAUGGACCGGGAUGGCGAACGACAGUGCGAGUGGCAACGCUAAGAACGACUAUGGGCCCAGCCUGUGUGGAUCAAGUCCAAAAAGAUGA